AUGCAGCCACCUCGUCCGAGAGACUCGUGUAGUUUUACGUGCGAUGAUCUAACUUCUUUUAUAACACUAGCAAAGAUUCUCGAAGACAAAGAACCAGAAAAAGAGGUACCCGCGGUGCAGACCGUUUUUAACGCUGAAGAAAUUAUUAUGAAACUGGUCAACGCAUUAAUAUACGCUACUACACAUAGGAUUCAGAACCAUUGUCAGUGUCCUCAUUCGGUUACGCCCUCUCUACCCUCUGAUAAAUCUCAUCGUAGUGGUGAAGGAGCUACUUAUCCGAGCAAUGGUGAUAAUGACCAUUUAAACGAAGGUCUAGUUAACCUUGAUUUGCUUAACUCUAAGAGAAAAAAUAAUGUCUUGGAUCUGGACCUUUCGAAUCAACAUGUUCUUGGAAUCGGGUUAGGGACAAAAAAUGAAAAUGAUAAUUCCUAUUACACUACACACCGAAAUGCCAAAGGAAAUGAGCUAAAUUCAUCUGGUCGAUCUACUGCAACAUCUUCGGGCGAUUUACUAAAUGUCUCACUACUUGAUUCUAAACAACCAAGUAAUGUUGCUGCUGUCAGUAUUGGAAGGCAAAAUGUUGUUGGAGUUGGUUUGGGUGAUACAGGAGAAACCAACGGUAAUGGAAAGCAAGUUGGCAUACAAAUGAGUAAUGAUCGUAAUGAAGAUUUAGUGAAUCUUCAAGUUCUUAAUCCUAAUGAAGAUGGCAAUGUCGCGAACUUGGCCGUAAGGCGUCAAAAUGUUCUGGGUAUUGGAGUCGGUAAUUAA